GGAGAGAGUGGCUCCUUCCUUUCCCUCGCAUAGAGAAGGAGAGUGAGGAGGAGGAGGAGGCAAAGCUGUUCGCUUGCUGCAUGCAUCUAAGGCGAUGAAUCCGGCCCCCUCUUUGGAUCGCAUUGCCUUGGCCUCAUGGUGAGGAGGAAGAAGAGCCCCCCAGGCCCAGAAGACCCCCAUCAUGGGAUGACAGUGAAGCUGGGCGAUAGCAGCAGUAGCACUGAGGAAGGGUCGAGGAAGCCAGGCAAGCGAGCGGGUGAAGAGGGGUCUCUGGAAGAAGAGGAGGAAGGAGAUGAAGGGGCCGGACAGGCGGCAGGAGGAGAGGCAGCCCCCAGCAGCAGCACAAAGGGAGCCGACGACGAAGAGGCCCCCUUUCCAAGCCACACCAAUGGGGAGUCCUCCUUGGCCACCACUGCUUUGCUUCCAGCCCCGUCCUCAACGCAACCGACACAGGACCAGCAUCACUUCCUCAGGUCCAGCGUCAGGCCUCAGAGCAAGAGGUUCAGGAAGGAUUCCCACACACCCUGUGCCCUUGCAGGAGGAGUGGGAGGCCACAGUGCCAGCGGCAUCAACAACAACAACACAGCUGUAACAAGAGGAAAAGGUGGAGAUAAUAGUGGGGCCUCAUCUGGCAACUCUUCGGGAAUCCUCCCCAGCAACCUAGCUGGCAGUUCAAAAUCAGCUGCCAGGAACCUGAGCUCCUCGGCUGGAGAAAAAGAAGAAGGCAAGAAAGUCAGACGUCAGUGGGAAUCCUGGAGUACAGAGGAUAAGAAUACUUUCUUUGAGGGUCUCUAUGAGCAUGGAAAAGACUUUGAAGCCAUUCAGAACAACAUUGCCCUGAAAUAUAAAAAGAAGAGCAAGCCAGCAAGCAUGGUGAAAAACAAGGAGCAGGUUCGCCAUUUCUACUAUCGCACCUGGCACAAAAUUUCCAAAUACAUUGACUUUGAUAAUGUCUUUUCUCAAGGGCUGAAAAAAUCAUCCCUGGAGCUCUAUGGCUUAAUUUGUUAUGGAGAGCUAAGGAAGAAAAUUGGGGGCUGUAUGGAUGACAAAAAUGCAGCUAAACUCAAUGAGCUUAUCCAAGUUGGAGCAACAACUGUGCGCUACAAAGGGAGGAAUCUUCGUAUCAAAGCCCCGAUGUGCAGGGCUCUGAAGAAGCUCUGUGAUCCAGACGGGAUUAGCGAUGAGGAGGAUCAAAAGCCGGUGCGUCUCCCCCUGAAAGUCCCUGUGGAGCUGCAGCCGCGAAAUAAUCAUGCGUGGGCCCGUGUGCAGAGCCUGGCCCAGAACCCACGUCUCAGGAUGAUUGUGGAGCUGCACCGUAAAGUAUCCAGCCUCAUUGAAUUCCUGAAGCAGAAAUGGGCUCUUCACGAAGUCCGCAUUCGUAAAACACUUGCAGAAAGGCAGCUACAAGACUCCAAUAGUUGUGAAGCAAGCGACAACUAUUCAGAAGAGAAGGUGGUGCUCCAUCUCUUUCCAGGCGAGAAUUGCACGCUUACACCCCUCCCUGGAGUUGCCAGGGUUGUACACUCCAAAGCCUUCUGUACGGUGCACUGGCAGGAAUCUGGCAGGUAUAAGCAGAAUGCAAAGGACUCUCAUUUGCUGCCACCUGCUCAGAUUCUAGGCAUCCAGAGCGGUCAAGGGACAGCCAGAGGGCAUGUGAAAUACCCACGGGGGACAGAUGCUAAGGGUGGGACCCGAACGGAGAGCACUACAGAAGCAAGUAGAAACACUCAAUCUGUAUCGGACACUACUGUGAAUCCCGAAGACUGCUCCCUGGAAGCUGGCCUUCUGGAACGAGUGUCCCCAAGUAUCAGUGUUACAAACAGUUUUGAUAAUAAGUCGUCUUCCAGACUUCAAGACCCAGGUCCAAGUCUUGAUAAAUCAGUUCCCCCAGUCCAUUGUGUUGAAGACGGGGAGAUGCCGGCCGUUGCUUUAGCAAGUAGUUUCCCCUCUGAUGGCACGAACUGUGAUUGUGGCACUCUGCCCCCCGACUUAGAAGAACUGUCUCUCCUUGACCCUUUUCCCCGGUACAUGAAAUCUUGCCAGGACCUCAUUGUCCCAGAUAAGUGUCUUUGCACAGACAAAGCAAAUGGGAACGCUGUUGCCUUGCCAAGGACCAGUCCUCCUGGAAAGUUUCUACCUGGUAUCUCGGAGGCUGGCAGCCUUAGUCCCACCCAACCGACAAGAGGCAUGAUGGCCUCGCCUAGCAGUCUGUCCGCAUCUGAAACUCAGGCCUCGAACUGCUGUGGACCACAAGCAGGGAUGGGUGCUAAAGAGCUGCCUGAUUCAGUAACGGAGGACUUGCAGGAGAAGCUUGGCUCCUCUCUCCUGCCGCCGCCAUCAUCUCAGGGACACCUGGUCACCAAGACUCUCAAGGAUGACCCUAGCCGCCUCGCACAGCAGGUCAGAGAAGAGGGCUGGAGCUUACGGACCUCUGAGAGCCUUACCUUGGCUGAAGUCUACCUCAUGAUGGGCAAGCCAAACAAGUUGCAGCUGGAGUACGACUGGCUGGUUGCCCUUGGGCCAGAAACCCAGGAGUCCAGGGAACAGGUGCCCAUCUCCAAAUCUGUCCAGCCUCCAGCCACUUGUCACAAACAAAAGCUCCUCAGUUGCCUCAUAAAACUCAUUUCCACUGAAGUUAAUCCCAAACCGAUUGCUGACAUGAACUCUGUGGCCACCUCCCCCAUCAAACCCACUCAGGAAGAGCACACUCUGACCCCUCCUGGGAAGGUGAUCGCCGUCAGCAUGAGGAGCCCCAGCUGCGCUCGCAACCAGCCUGCCCUUCACAAGAAGACCCUUUCCCCCAGCGCUCCGUCCAGCUCCUCAGGUUUGAGAAAUUCCUCCAGGCCACUCUUGUUGGCUGAUCCUUCAAAUUCGGAAAGUGCCGAUGCAGAUCGGAGCCUCUUUGCUGUUCCAACCACUCUCCCACCCAACAGCCGGCAUGGGAAGCUUUUCUUACAAAGCAAAGAAGCUGAGCUCUCUUUCCGACAGCGCUUGGACACAAUCAGUAUGCAGUCUGAUUUCUUCUUGCCAAAACCAAGGAAAUUACGUAGCAGACAUCUACGGAAGCCACUGGUAGUGCAGAGAACACUGCUUCCAAGGCCAUCAGGAAAUCCCUCGCAGCAUGUCUGUUCCUUCUCCAUCUUAUCCAACUCUUCUGUCACAGGUAGAGGAUCUUUUCGGCCGAUCCAGUCUUCUCUUUCAAAGGUUGCCGUGUCCCGUCCCAUUGUUCCCAAGAUUUUCCCAGCUCAAGCCUCCAACCAUCUGUCCAGUGCUAUUGAUUUAGCAGCCAAAAGUGCUGGAAUUAUCCCUGGCAGUCCUUUGCCUGUCCUUGGUGCUGAAGGCUUGCCAGGCGUUUCUCCGCUGUCUCCAAGUUCAGUGACUGCAAUGGUCGCAGGACAAGAUUCAGCAACGGCACGUCAUCAAAAUGGAAGUCCUAUCACGAACACAGCGGGUUCAAGUAGUGAAUGUCGGGUGCCAUUCCUCGGCCUAGCCCCGCAACCUGAGCAGGAGGCAAUCACCGAUGGCUUUCAGGGAACUCCGGGUCUUUCUCUACCAGAGCUGCCCAAAAUCUCUGCCUCCAAUGGCCUCCCCACUCCAUCUCUUCCCUCAGAAGGGUCUGGUGCCUGCCUUUCUCCUCCCAAUGUCUCUGCACUGCUGGAUAUCUCACUUCCUGGACCGCCUGAAGACGUUUUAUCCCAAGGGGAGCCUGCUUCUCAGAUCAGUGACUCUAUCAUUGAAAUAGCUAUCAGCUCUGGUCAGUAUGGUGAAAAUGUUUCUCUGUCCCCGGCCAAGCUGAAUGGCAGCGACAGCUCGAAAAGUCUUCCGUCCCCGUCUUGCAGCCCUCAACAGAACUGGAUCGCCUCCCCCAGCCAUGACCCACAGUGGUAUCCCAACGAUUCCACUGAUUCCUCCCUGAGUAGCUUAUUUUCAAGCUUUCUUUCCCCAGAGAAGGGGAGAAAAACACUCCCGACCUCUAAUGGUAACACCAGUAGCACCACUCUAUUGGGGCCCAGUCUGCUGGAUGGAAACUCGCGGGAUUCCUUUGCGUCUCGCUCCCUCGCAGAUGUAGCUGAGGUGGAUUCCCAGCUGGCUUGCAUGAUGAAUGAGAACAGCAUUGAUUACAUAUCCCGUUUCAAUGACCUGGCUCAGGAGCUGUCCAUACCGGAGCCUGUCCGCCGAGAGGUCCUCUUUGAUGGAGGCAGCAGCGGUGGCCCUCCAGUCAGUGACCUCUCUCAGUGAGCAUGUAUCUAUAUAUAACCAGCUGGCUGGUAGAAACCUUUGAACUGUCCCACAACGUGGAGAGGAGUGACAUUACAGCUAUGCAGUGAGACUUUGUUGUUGUUCUGGCUUGCGUAUUAUGCCUCGUGAGAAGAUCAGGCAUUGUCUUCAACAGUCCACAGUUCCUGGGAGGUGCAAUAUGCUAGGAACAGCACGAGUGGGAGUGUGGGAAACGACAUGCAAGGCUGGGGACUACCAAGUUUAUCGGACACUGUAAAUAUAUGAGAUGGAACAAUCUGGGCACAAUACCCCACAAGCUACAUUGUUAUACUGUAAGCCAAAAUCCUCAUGAUGAUAACCUACAUUUUAAACUGGAAAGGGAGUGUAGUGGUAUUCUCUAGAUUUUUGUUUCUUUAAAAAAUGCAGUUGUAAUAAACUAGGUUCCCUGUCUCCCAGUUGCCAUGGCUGACAACUCAGUCAAAUAGAUAUUCCCAAUUCAUUCUUCUCUGCUUUUGCCAGAAUUUGUUUUCGCAUGCAUCACAUUCACUGACAUUCCAACAUAACAUGGGGAGCUCAAUGGGAUUUUUUUCCAACAUAAAAAGCAGGCUCAGGAUCUGAGGGCCUUGCACCCAAACCUCUCAUCUCAGUUAGGAUCCCUUUGAAUGUAUUGCCACCCUUUAUGUUUAUGCUUUUCCAGAAAGCAGUCCUCGCUUCAUGAGUUGCCUUCCAUUCCCUUUAAGUGCUAGAAACGUUGUUGAAAGAGGCUCUCACUAUACUCCCAGUUUUAAAUUUGGGAAUAUUGUCCUCUUUCAUCUUUUAGUGCUCACUUCAUUUUAUUUAAGCAUCCUCUUGAAAAUAAAAUCUAUCAGAAGAUGCUGUUCUCUAAUAGUUGAAAAGGAAUGGUUAGCAUGAAUAUGCCCUACAAAUGCAAUAAAGUGGGGAGAGAAUGUAAUUCUAGAAUUUGCUUCCAAGAAAUGCCAAAUCCCCCAAAAUUGAAAAAUGGGUUAUAGGGUAUGACACAUUGUUAGCUCAGAAGAGAAUAUUGUGCACAAAUAAAAACCAUCAGAUGUAUCGAAUCACUACAUUACAAGGUUUGGACAAUUGUAUUUUAUAGCAAAAGAGCGCACAUUCUCAGCACGUUGUUUUCAAUUUGUUCAGAUAGAUUUAGUACCUUUUGGAAGCAAACUUCACAAGGCACUUCCUUUUUCUUUGUAAUUUUAAACUAGAGUUCAUUGCUCCGCUUCAUUGAGAUCAAAGUGAUCUUCAUCAGGUCUUCAUAUGUUUGUCUGCUAGAAUUGAAGUAUGAGGGAACAAACUGAUCUUCGUUAGGUCUUGUAUUUGACUCUUAGAAUUGAAAUACGUGGGCUCAGAUCAAUGAGAAUUCAUUUUGGCACUUCUAUGUUAUCACUUUUCCUUGCACUCUUGUAAAGAGGACUCAUUCCCACAUGACCACACACUUUCUUGAGCAUCCACAAGCAGGACUAUGUUAAAAUGGGUUCUUUCGUUAUUAAUUCUGGAUAAUGUUAGUACUAGCAGGAACUUGGCUUUCCAAACAUGCGCUAUUUCUGAUUAUUCUCUUAUUUGUCUCUCAUUCUUCCUUUCAUGUCUUUGUUUGGAGAUAAAACUUUGGAAUCAUAACCCACAGGAGUUGUGUGAUUUCAACAUAAUAUUUAUGUCAAGAGAACAAGAAACAUAGGCAGCUGUUGUUAUCUCCUUGAUUUCUGGAAGCUAUCUAUUUUUUUGAAAUUUUCCUCAAUACUUCCUUUUCUUAGGAGCAGUCGUUUCGUUGCAUAAUGCAGAAGCCUCUUUUAGGUUUGAACACAAAAUACUUUAAAAGUUGUGUUUUUUUCUGAAAUGGCAGAGUCCCCCAUGCAGCACUGAAGUAAGCUGUAAGUGGCUGAGCUUCCAUAACAAAAUCAUGGGUGGAUUUCUAGAAAUGGCAUAACCAAGAAUCAUGCUUUUCUUCAUGGAUUGUAUUAGUAUGGUUCUCUUUUAUUGUAGUACUUACCUUUUCUCUUAAUUGUUUGAAGUUCCUAAGUUUGUGUAUGAGCCCUGGUCUAGACCUGGAGAGAAUGGCUGUAUUAUCUGCAUACAGCAAGAUGGGGACUUCCCUUUUACCCAAUCUGGGUAAUUGACCUUGUGGGUCCAUCAUGACUUCCUCAAGAUCAUUCAGGAAUAAGUUAAACAGAGUAGGAGCUAAGAUACAGCCCUGCCUUACCCCUCUGGUCACUUGAAUUGGCCCUGAAAUUUGGCCAUGGGCUGCAUCUAACCUGUAAACUACUAUCUCUGUAAAGUUCUUUAAUGAGAAGGAGCAGUCUUUUAUCAGUUAGGUACUUAUCAAAUUUGGCCCAUAGUUUGGGUCUGGAGACUGAAUCAAAUGCAGCUUUUAAAUCCAUUAUGGCCACAAUUGUCUCCCCACCCCCAAGAAUUCUGCCAUGAUUUCUGUCUUGUUUCAGGCCACAGUCUCCCUUCGCAGUCCUUGGUGCUUAUCGAAAUAAUGGCCCAGCACUUCUUAUUGCCCUGAUAGAGCACUUUGUGUGCUUGGGCUCCCUUGUUCUCAAAGAGAAUGUGUUCUGUGUUCAGUGAGGCAUCCUCAAAUGUGUGAAUAUCCUUUCAUAAUAGAACAAUGUUUGAAGUUUUGAUAAGUCGACAGUGGCGGCUCUGAAUGUGCAUUUAGCAAGGCAACUUAAAUGCUUCCAGUGCCAAAACAUGUUUAUCCGACCAGUUUUUUGCAUGGACGAGGCUCUAUUUUCUGAUCAUUGUCUCAAGGCAUUUUAUAGUUGUGUCAUCCAUAUAAGGCCUUCGCUCAACAUAAUGUUUUCUUCAACAUAAUGCCUUGGGUUUAUUUAAGCUUAAUCGUUUAGUAUAGUAUGUUGUUUCUGUCCCUGGUUUUUUUUUAAAAAAUGAGCUCUUCAAUCUGAGUGCUAUUUCACUUCUGUCCCAUGCUUCUGUAUUUCUGAAAGGGUGGAUUUUCACCUUAUGUAUGUCAGGAGUAUUUGCGAAUCUUACAGCUUGAAAUUAGGACCUGCCAUUCCCAUCUCCUUUCCUUGUAAACCAGCACACUUUCCUCGGCCGCAAAGUCAGAAGCGGAAGAGCAAUUUGUCAUCAGUUUUGAGGACAGAAGUAUUACAUACUUUGUUGCUCAAAGAAGACUUGAAGAAUCCAAACAAAAGCAAAAAUUAAUGAGGUUAUUCCCCAACAUUAAAUACUAAAUAUCAACUCUUGUUUGGUUGAAAUUGUUUUUAAACUUGGCCACAAGGCCACACUAAAUGCCUUUUGCCCCAUUUCCGAACUAAUAUUGGGUAGCCACUAAGAUGGGGAUACCUGCCGUUCGUUUAUUCGUGUCUUGUGCUUCAAGACUGUGCACUUAAAACGAGUAAUAAUGUUGGCUUCAAUCAGUGUUUUAUUGUGAUUGCUCUUCAAUCCCAUAUGUGAAGUAUGUGCACUUUGGCUGGUGUUGAAUUUACUGAACCGAUCAGGCAUUUGAGAAGCAACAUGGAUGUCAGUGCCGGGUGGAUCUCUAGAAAUGUACUAUUUCGGCCCCUUCAGACAACUGUGAGUUUAUCGCAAAGUCCAUUUGAGUAAUGACCUGCAGGCAGGGCUUGCUUCUAAGCUUGACUUCCCCUGACUUCUUCACAUUUGCCCGAAACACUGAGAAAAUAAUAUCUUUUCUAUGUUUAGCUGGUUUCCAUUCAUGCAAUUUGUUCCUGGAAAGCCAAAUGCAGUAAUGUUGCUUCAAUAUGAGAUGGUUCACUGAAAAGUGUAUUAUAUUCUCAGUGUAUUUACUUAAGAUUAUACAUAUAAAUUAGGGACUUGCAUUAAAAAAAAUUGUUUACAGGACAGAGGGAGCAUUGGAAGUGUAUUUACUUAAGAUUAUACAUAUAAAUUAGGGACAUGCAUCAAAAAAAAUUGUUUACAGGACAGAGGGAGCAUUGGAGGUGAGCAACUUGUGUUGUUCGCUUAAUGUUGGAGGAAUCCAGACUAGAAUAUAUAUAUAGACUACACUGUAUAUGAAUUGGUCUCUUAAUUCGAAAGAAUCCAUCAGGAGUUUCACAACCACAAUGCGCUUUGGAAUGAAGUGAAAGUAUGUAUUUAUUUAUUUGCUUUAUUUCUAUACCGCAUUUUUUCAGCCCUUGACAGGCGACUCAAUGCGGUUUAUGUAGGAACAAAUUCCCAAAAACUGUACCCCAAAUCUACCCCAAAACGUUCAAUGAGCCUUUUUAUGCUUCCUCCUUUCCAGCCAUCUUAAGCAAUUCCCAGUUAAUUGUAUCUGCCAAGAUCAUCUGUCCUUUGACUUGACAAAGCUUUUGUGGUUUGGCAUUGCAUUUUCUUUUUGGGUUUUUUUGGGCGGGAGGGGGUGCAUUUGCAAACAGAAACACAUACACAUAUGCACAGAAGUAAACGGAUGCAUCUGUAAGUAAAAUACUGCAUUUUCACAUUACCUUUUGAAAACACUUCUCUUGACUCUGUGUUUAUCUGUCAGUGUUGAAUACGUGAAAAUGGCAGCAAAGCACUACAGCACCGAGUUAUCAUUCAUUGCCAAAAUGUGAUAACUGGCUCUAGAGCUUGUGGGUUUAGCAGCAAACUUUGUUGCUGUUUUUUUUUAAAAAAAAUAGAAUAAAAUAAAAUAAAAAUAACAAUAGUUAAGCCAUAUCAUCUAAAAGGGUUUUUUCCUGUAUUGUUUGAGGUGUGAAUUUGUUUUAUACAUAAUAAAUAUAUAGUGUAUGUAUAAAGCAAGAAGCCUGCCCUUAUCUGAUUAUUUUGUUUUGUAUCAUAUUGUAAAUUAUAUUAUUUAUUAUUUACCAGUGUUUGUUUUGCGGGGGAGGAGGAGAAAGGUGUUUGGGUUAUUUAAUAUAAUAUACAAAAAUGCUGUCAAUGCCUCUGUUUUCAAUUACCAAUUCAACCUGUAAAAUUGAAUUGUAAAAUUGUUUCUAUGAUUGUGCAUAAAUACAUACUAAUCCUUGGUCUAA